GCGGAAGUUACACCGGUCCAAGCCCAAUGCGUCAAUGCGAGCCCAAGGUCUCAACGCCCUAAGUAAGGAGGCCAUUACAGCUAUCACAGGAUCUUUGGAUCCAAUUUUUCAUAUGGUACGAUGACCUUUUAUAUUGGGUCGGAAAUCUAAGCAGAGAGUUAUAGAAGAAGAAGAAGAAGAAGAAGCGAGAAGAGCGAAUUAGAAAGAGGCGCUCGCAAAUCAAGUACAUCAUGUAAUCUUUUCACCAUGGGAUAUACAUAAAUUUAUCGCAUGAUACUGUGACCUUUCGUAGUGAGUCGGAAAGCCAAACAGAGAAUUGAGUUAUUGAGAAGAAAAAGAAUAAGAAGAAAAGAAGAAGAAGAAGAAGAAGCACUCUGCAUUCGAGGCACACAAAGACCACGAAGAUCGCUGGUGGAAUGGCUGAGUGGUGAAUACCUAGUGGAUGCUGUCCAUUUAGUGAUAGGAACCUAUACAAACAUUAUUCUAUCUUUUUUGACAUUCAAAGAGGAAUAAAAGGAUGCUUUCCAUUUGACAAUAUAAAUUAUACAAAUACUUUGUUAUUCUCUGAAUGUCAAGAAAGAUGUUUGUGUCAACUUGUAUCACCAAAUGGAAAGCAUUCAGUGAUAGUCAUAGCUGGGCUUGCCAGACUUAAUCCGGGUUAGUCGGACUAUAGUUGGACACGUAUAAACAUAUAUGUAUAUCUUGUUCACUUAUUACUCGAAUGAGAAUCAAAGCAUGUAAGAAUCAAAUGUAAUGUUGUAAUGUAUGCAUCUAUCUUUUGUAAUACACACAGAUACCUCUCAAGGUAUUCACAUCGAAAUUAGCUGAAAUGCAGUGGCCUUCGCUCAGCGUUAUUCUUUCCGAGAUAUUUUUGGCAUAUAUCGUCUACUCGAUAUACACGCUAUCUCUGUUGUUCGUAUCGCCGACUUGCGAGGAUGGCAAGCCGUGCCUUGAAUCGUACCUACGCGAACGACCGCAGCUGGAUUUGUACAUGUACAGCUCCAUUAAAAGAAAUCCCAUCAACAAAGAUGCCGAUCUCGUAUAUUCUGCACAAAACUUUGAUUAUAAUCAAAUGCAAAUCAUUCCAGUGAUACUGACUGUACCACAUGAGACACGGCGGAAUGGAACAUUGUUUUUACAUAUAUUUUUAGUGCCUCCCUUUAUAAAACAGGAAAGGACAUUUGUCGACUUGCAAAAAGAUAUAUUUACUUCGUACACUGCGAUUAAAAUGACACAAUAUAUAGUACCUGAAGCAGAGGCAUUCAAGUUAUUAGGUGACCACAGAGUGGAGAAAGCUAAUAACCAAAUUGUUAUACGUCCAGUCUCACACAUGAAAAGUCGUGUGACAUUUACAAUAAUGACAGAUAACGUUACACUUCCUAUAUAUGGCAUACCUGCCGAGCUCAUAAACCAUAUAAAAAUAAUUGGCAAACAGACAUUUUUGCCGAUAGUGAACUGUGAUUUCUUAAGAACACGGCAUCGGGAUCUUCAGCGGAUUACUUCACAAAAUAAUACGAUGAAUGUUGCAGUAGAAUAUUCACCUGUAUCUCUAGGAAAGUUAAGAUUAGUGCUGCACGUGCAAGCAACUAUGGAGAAUCUCAAGAAUCUCGGCUUUUCCGACAAAGAUGUCGAUGAGGUAAAGGGCAUCUUUGCAGAUACUAAUAUUUACCUACUAGGUGGUACCUUCUUCAUUGCAGCUGUACACUUGUUGUUUGAUUUCCUUGCUAUUAAAAAUGACGUUAGCUUUUGGCGGAAGAAGAGUAAUCUCAUAGGCCUCAGCAAAUGGACUGUGAUAUGGCGAGCAUUCAGUCAAACUGUGAUUUUCUUUUAUCUUUGCGACGAAGGUUCUUCCUUACUUAUUCUCAUUCCUACUGGAAUUAGCACUGUUAUUGAGCUAUGGAAAUUGAAAAAGAUAUCGAGAGUGGAAUUAAUUAGCAGCGGUAGUAUUUUCCCAAGAAUACGAUUUAAACCCGAUAGCAUUGAUGCAGCAGAAGUGAAAACUAGGGAAUUUGAUGCUGAAAGUAUGCGUUAUCUGAAUUACUUAUUAUAUCCAUUAGUUAUCGUUGGAGCAAUCUACUCGUUACUUUAUCAACCACAUAAAAGUUGGUAUUCUUGGAGCAUAAAUUCUUUAGUGAAUGGAGUUUACGCAUUUGGAUUUCUUUUUAUGUUGCCGCAAUUAUUCGUUAAUUAUAAGUUGAAAUCCGUGGCGCAUCUACCGUGGAAAGCAUUCAUGUACAAAGCAUUUAACACAUUCAUCGAUGACGUAUUUGCUUUCAUUAUAACGAUGCCAACAGCUCACAAAAUAGCAUGCUUUAGAGAUGACGCCGUCUUUUUGAUUUAUCUAUAUCAAAGAUGGUAA